AUGAAGGGCGUCCCCAUCGUCGCCGUCUGUGGCGGCGCCGCGGCCGCGCACGCGAUCGCCAUCGCGGAGGACGGCCGCGUCUUCGCGUGGGGUCGAAACGAGAACGGGCAGCUCGGGCUCGGCGACACCGUCGACCGCGGGAUCCCCACGGUGAUCAAAGAGCUGCAGGAUAAGGGCGCGAAAGCGAUCGACGGCGCGUGCGGGAAGCAUCACACCGUGAUCCUGUGCGAGGGCGGCGUGACGUACGCCUUCGGCAGCAACAAGCACGGACAGCUCGGGAUCGGGACGAUCGCGAGAAAGGCGCGCGAGGACGACGUUCGGACCACGCCGGUGCAGACGCAAGUCGCGAACGCGACCGCGGUGGCGUGCGGCGGCGAAUUCACGAUGUGGAUCGCGGGCGAGAACGGCGCGCUGUACUCCGCGGGGUUGCCGCAGUACGGUCAACUCGGGCACGGCUCGGAUCACGAGUACAACAUGAAGGAAGGGAGCGUGAAGCUCGCGUACCAGCCGCAGCCGAGCCCUCGCGCGAUCGCGGCUCUGAGCGAUAAGAAGAUCAUCAGGGUCGCGUGCGGGCACAACCACACGAUCUGCGUGGACUCCGUGGGGAAAGUGUACACGUGGGGGUUCGGCGGGUACGGACGGUUGGGGCACAAGGUGCAGAAGGACGAGUUCGCGCCGAAGCAGGUGGAGGUCCAGGGCGGGGAUCGUAACCUGUGCCCGCCCGACUGCGUCGUCGCCGCGGGCAGCGUCACGUCGUGGUUCACCGCGCUCAUGGGUCAGAUGUACUGCUUCGGAAAACUGAAGACGAACGGGGACAACACGAUGUACCCGAUUCCGUUUUUGGAUUUACAAGGCUGGAACUUGCGAUCCGUGGCGUGCGGCGCGACGACGUUCGCCGCGUGCGGCGAGAGAGAGGCGAUCACGUGGGGCCAGGGCGGCGGCAACGGCGAGCUCGGGUACGGCGCGUCCGGCCCAAAGUCCAGCGCGAACCCGAAGCUCGUGGACUCGUUAUCCGGGAAGAUGGUGCACCGCGUGAGGCGCGUUCUAUCUCACACUGGUCCCCGUACGACCGCGUCGGCGUGGUGA